CCUCGCAAGUCUCAAAGUAGCUUUACGCCUGGCGAUCUCGGAAUUGCAAAGUCCUCAGCCCUUCAUAGCAUAUGCUUUUGCCGUCAGUAUUAACUUAUAGGGUAGGUCCUGUGUCGUAACAACGCAUUUUUCAUAUUCCUCUUGCGUUUGUAUGGGAAAAAAGAUAGAGGAAUAUGAAAAAUUGCUGCGUAUUUAUUUCUUUCGAAAUUGUUCUGUCGCACAAACCCAACCAACUCACAUGACUAGCGGUUCUUCCGAGCUGCCCUUUUGGGCGCUAGUGAUCGUCUCUCCGGAGUGCAGUAACUACUCGACCUGCUCGUUUCAUCUGAUGAAACAAAUUAAUCGGGGGAGACUUCAGACGAUUCUGAGACGAGUCCUUUACUUUCCAUAAUAAAAUAUAACUCUUCUGCCUGUUUUUCUAACUCGUUCAAAAAAUAAAUGCUUGCGAAUUCAACUGGUUGUCAAUCUGACUGAAGAGCUAGUUUUUGUCAAAGAGUUUGAAUGGCUCUUGCUCUCGCAACUUGGCUACAAUUUUAGAACGAUCAAGAACAUAGCACCAUUCCCUUUUUCUACCACUGCGCAGCUGUUUGCGCUCAAUACCUAUUUGGGAAAAUUCUUUCCAAGUAUAUUACUAGAAAAUGCCUUUUCACCAUU